UGUCACUAAAUCUACCAAUCUUUCUAAUCUAUAUAUCAGACUGGUCCCUGCUAGUCUGUACUAUCCAUCAAACUGCAAUCCAUCCAUCAAAAGCCCAGGAUCACCUGGCAGCCCACCAUCUGAAUCAAUCACACUAUACAGAUCAAAUCAAUGCUCUACACCUACCCACUAUACAACAUGUCCAUCAAGCCAUGCGGGCCCGGGAACCCAUUGCCCCCAUUGAGACCCUGGCCCCAUCCAUGCCAGCAUAUCAAUGCCGCGUCCACAGCUGCCACACACUGGCCCUGACCCGGAGAAAGCUAAAUCAUCAUUUAAGCCGGAUCCAUCGGCAAUUUGGUACUGCAAAUCAAGCUUGCUACCAACAAUCCUGCUGGGUUCAGACCCUGGAUCACCCGAGAUAUAUAUUUCGCGUCCACCAACCCAUGGACAGCCCGCCCCAUCAUAGAGCUCUGGAACAGCACCUGGCUACCAAGAGAGUCUUUAGGGUCUAUGGAACCCCAGAUAAGGCUAAUUCCUUCCACCUGGAGACCCGAUAUCCGAUAUUUCUGGAUGGCCGGGAUCUGGACACCCUAAAGGGUCUAUUUACUAUAGACCAGCAGGAUCAGGAUCAGGCAGAGGCCCUAUUUAAUAUAAUACACUCGAUUCUAGUGAAUGGCCAGCAGAAGCUGUUUCAGAUCCCAACCCAGGCAUUAUUUGCCUUAAAUUCAUUUACUAGAGAUAAUUCCUCUAUAAAGCGCUUUAGGCCUCUCCAGAGCCCAAUUACCUUUUUAAACUAUACCUAUAUCUUUCAAGCUUUUCUAAUCUUUCUAUUGAAUUCCUAUCAAGAUCAGAUCACCCGGGAGCCCCAGGGCCCCCAGGCAGUCCACCAUCUCUAUCAGCUAGCAGCCCCUGAA